AUGUCUUCUGGAGCCAAGGCCAAGCCCGAGGGCCUGCUGGGUCUCUCCUUGGCCGAAGCAAAGGCCAUCCUGCUUGGUUUGCUCUGCAUGGAUGAAGGUGGCAAGGCAAGUAAGCGAUGGUCUGCAUUGGAUGCCGAAAAGCUUGCCCAGAGAGGCGGCUAUAAGAACGGUGCUUCUGCGGGCACUUCCUACCGUGCUGCGAGACGCAAGCUUAAUGAAUACAGUGCCAACUUUGAACAAGAAAGUCUUUUUGUGACUACCAAUACUGAAGCCGCUCCGAUCAGUGCGGCCAACACUCCCAAGAAAACCCCUGGGAAGCGCAAUAAGGCUGCGGCUGACAUUGAGGGUGCCGACAAUGAGAAAACCGAGUCGCCUAAAUCAAAGCGCCAGAGGAAGACCCCCGUUAAAAAGGGUGCUGCUGCAAAGCUCAAGGGCAUCCCCGAAGAGAAUGAGGAUCAGGACAUGCUCAACCAUGAAGCCGAUGCCGAAGACAGCAAGAAGGCUGUCAACGUGAAAACUGAAGACGACGGGUUGAUGGCCAGACAAGAGAUUGAUGCCGACAGUGUCAUGGGAGAGAUCGAUAUCGAUGUCGAGUUGGAGGCUAUGGAGUCUACCAAAACUUCCACUAUCUAA